GGUUGGGGCAAUGAAUCAGCAGAUGAGAGUUUCUUCUCUAUGCUUUCUUAGUAAGGUUUCGGUCUUCCUCUUUUAUCAAAAAUGUUACAUGAAUGCUUUGACCAGCGUCCGCAGCCUUGGGGUACAGUCUCCACAUCUUCUUUUCCUCCGAAGUUGCUCGACUUCUCUUUCCAAGAAUCUUCCAAUUUUACAGUUUAUCAAGCAAUGCUCAAUCCCUAAGCUUUUAGAGUCUGCUUUAGCCGCCAUGAUUAAGACCAGCCAAAAUCAGGACUGUCACGUUAUGAACCACUUCAUCACUUCCUGCACUUCCUUUAACCGUCUUGAUCUCGCGGUUUCUUCGAUGACCCAGAUGCAGGAACCUAAUGUUUUCGUCUACAACGCAUUGAUUAAAGGACUUGUUAUUUGUUCUUACCCAAUUCGAGCCCUUGGAUUAUAUGUUCGUAUGCUGAGGUACUCGGUUUCUCCAUCAAGCUACACAUACUCUUCACUCGUAAAGGCUUGUGCUUUCGAUUCUGUGUUUGGGGAAUUGGUUCAGGCGCACAUAUGGAAAUUCGGAUUUUGUUUUCAUGUUCAAAUUACGACGACUCUUAUUUGGUUUUACUCGGCACUGGGUAGAAUCAGGGAAGCCAGGAAAGUGUUCGAUGAAAUGCCUGAAAGAGAUGGUUUUACUUGGACUACAAUGAUCUCUGCUUAUCGCCAUGUCUUGGACAUGGACUCAGCGAAUCAUUUAGCUAACCAAAUGCCGGAGAAGAAUGUCGCUACGUGGAACUGUUUGAUUGAUGGAUAUACAAAGUUAGGCAACGUGGAAAUAGCAGAGUCAUUGUUUAAUCAGAUGCCUGUGAAGGACAUAAUCUCGUGGACAACUAUGAUCAACGGUUACUCACGCAACAAGAGAUAUAAAGAAUCAAUUGCAGUGUUUUACAAAAUGACAGAAGAAGGGAUUAUUCCUGAUGAAGUGACUAUGUCAACCGUUAUUUCAGCUUGUGCACAUCUAGGUGUGCUGGAUAUAGGUAACGAGGUUCAUAUGUACACGGUGCAGAACGGGUUUCUUCAUGAUGUUUAUAUUGGGUCAGCACUGGUCGAUAUGUAUUCCAAAUGCGGUAGCUUAAAUCGAGCGCUUCUGGUAUUCUUCAAUUUGCCUAAAAAGAAUCUCUUUUGUUGGAAUUCAAUCAUUGAAGGGCUCGCUGCUCAUGGUUAUGCACAAGAAGCACUGAGAAUGUUUGCCAAGAUGGAGAUGGAGUCUGUCAAACCUAACGCAGUCACUUUCGUGAGUGUUCUAACUGCGUGUACUCACGCAGGUCUUGUAGAAGAAGGCUGGAGGAUAUAUCGUAGCAUGAUUGAUGACUAUUCCAUUGUCUCUAAUAUCAAACAUUAUGGAUGCAUGGUUGAUUUACUAAGCAAAGCUGGUUUGAUCCAUGAGGCUCUUGAAUUGAUUGAAAGUAUGGAGUUUGAACCAAACGUGGUUAUCUGGGGUGCGUUGCUUGAUGGGUGCAGGCUUCACAAUAACUUAGAGAUAGCUGAGAUAGCGUUUAAAAAACUGAUGGUUUUGGAGCCGAUGAAUAGUGGGUAUUAUUUGCUUUUAGUUAGCAUGUAUGCAAGAGAAAACAGGUGGAGAGAUGUUGCAGAGGUUAGGGGAAGGAUGAGAGAGUUGGGUAUAGAAAAGAUAUGUCCUGGGACAAGUUUUAUUGAGAUAGAUAAACGAGUUCAUAUGUUUGCUAUAGCUGAUAAAUCUCACUCAGCUUCAGAUAAGGUUUACAUAUUGCUUGAUGAGAUAUAUGAGCAGAUGAGACUAGCUGGAUAUGUGCAGGAAACUGAGAAUGUAUAACUAGGUGCUCAUCAGAUAGGUUUUUAAAGUCCAUAUCCUGUUUUCAAAUUCGUCGAAUCUGAUUAAUGAUCUAUGUUCCAUGGAAAAAAAGCUUCUCUGCGAUUUCUUCUGCUAAGUUGACUUCUUUAUGGAUUCUACAAGCAUUCAGAAGAGCUCCCCAAGCACUGGUCAUUGGUUUCACAGGCAUGUUAUCAAUAAAAGACUUAGCUUCGCCGAUUUCACCAGUUCGACCUAGCAAAUCUACCAGACACGCAUAGUGUUCUUCCUCUGGUGCAAUCUCGUAGUCUCUUGUCAUCGACUCAAACUGCUUCCUUCCUUCUUUAAUGUUUCCCUAGUGGCUACAUACCAGGAAAAAGGAAACAAAUGUAACAGAGUUUGGAACUAGGUCCUGCGAGAUCAUUUUAUCAAAACAAUCCAAAGCUUCCUCGAACAUACCAUUUAUCCCAAAAGCAUUGAUCAUCGAGCUCCAAGCUCCAAGAUAUCACAGUUUUCUCUGGCAUCACACUAAAAAACUUC